AUGCAGUCAAUGGUAAUCGCCUUCCUGGUAUUGCACACCAUCCUGUCGAGGCCCAGCGACGCCGAUUGUGGCGCACAGCUUUCGCCAUAUUCCCCGUUCUUAGAUACAAAUGUACUGCAAUACACACAGUUCACAGAACAGAAUCACCUGAUGCAGCCAUCCCUGUACCGAGGCCAGCCAACACCGGACGUGGAGUUGGCGUGGAGAAAACUGUCGCACGUUCCAAGAUCACAGUUCCCCGAGAGCAAACUGUCUGCUCUCAACAAAACCAACGCCGGACUAUAUACUCAUGCUGCACCACAGUAUGGUGGCGGCGUGCUCGGUUAUCUCCACGUGUUUCACGAGCUGCACUGUUUGAACUUGAUUCGGCAGUAUACUUACCGCGACAGCUACGACUACAGUAAUGUGACGGCGUUCCGCGCUCCGAGCGAGAUCGUCCGUGGACACAUUGACCACUGCAUCGAAAGAUUGCGCAAGCAGCUGAUGUGCACCGCUGAUGUGACACCCCUUGUGUUCAUUAAUGAUGCUAGAAGACCGACGGGUAUGAAGCCUGAUUUUAACAUCAAGAGGAAGUGCCGAAAUUUUUAG